AUGAGUCCUGAAUAUGCUAUGGUGAGUGUCUUCACCUUGAAUUCCAUGGAAAAACGAAUGGGGAAAAAGAAGAACAUGAAUUUGACCAACUGCACAAGAGUCACUGCAUUUAUCCUUGUGGGAUUGCCAAGAGUUAGGGGAAUGGAAGGUGUGAUGCAUGCUGGUAUCUUUGUGCUCUACCUCCUGUGUCUGAUGGGCAACGGGCUCAUCAUUCUUAGCAACCUUUCGCUCAUUGACAUUGGACACACCACCGUCUUUGUUCCUAAAUUGCUGGUCAAUUAUGUUUCUGCAAAGGAUUCCAUUUGUUUUGCCUGCUGUUUAUCACAGUCUUUUUUUUAUUUCCUUUUUGGAAUUACAGAAUUUUUUAUCAUCACUUUGAUAUCCCUGGACAGAUACAUAGCCAUCUGCCAUCCUUUGAGAUAUGCCACUAUCAUGACUCCUGGGGUCUGCCUUAAACUAGCAAUAGCAUCCUGGUUUGGGGGUUUUUUCUGCCUUCUUUAUAGUACAAUGAAAUUGCCAAAUCUACCCUUUUGCCCCUCCAACAUUAUCAAUCAUUUCUUUUGUGAUGCAGGACCUCUGCUGAAGGUUGCAGGAGGAUAUAUACAAGUGAUUGAAGCCCUUGUCUUCCUAAUUACUGUCUUUGUGAUUAUGUCCUCCCUUCUUUUCACCCUCAUCUCUUACCUCUUCAUCAUUUCCACCAUUCUCCGAAUACCUUCAAGCUCCAGACAGCAGAGGGCCUUUUCUACCUGUGCUUCCCAUCUGAUUGUUGUCACCAUUUUGUACAGCUCAGUCUUUUUUGUCUAUUUAAGACCUACUGUCAAGAGCUCUUCCUUCAGUAAGAUGAAGUCUGUUUCUUUGGUGAGUGCUAUAGUUGUUCCAGUGUUAAAUCCUUUCAUUUACACGAUUAGGAACCAUGAAGUGAAAGAAGCAGUGUGGAAAGCAUUAAGAAAAGAGACUCCAGGUUUCCCCAAAAUCUAA